AUGAGGUCUAUAAUAUCAUAUCAGGGACGCAAUGCUUUGCGCAAUGCGUCGCGCUGGAAAUGUAGAGCUCCUUGCGCUGCGAUAAGAUGGUCCUCGUCUGAAGAUAGACAAUGGUCAACGCCCCUAGCAAAACAGCUUUCAGAAGCUAUUACAGCGACUGGACCCACCCCGCUGGCAUCAUUCAUGCGGAUGUGCCUCACAUCUGAUGUAGGCGGUUAUUAUACCUCGAAGCAAGACGGCCGAGACCAAUUCGGCCAGAAGGGGGAUUUCAUUACCUCGCCUGAAAUAUCACAAGUCUUUGGAGAGCUCAUUGGUAUCUGGUUUGUGGCGGAAUGGAUGGCACAGGGACGGAAAAGCAAGGGCGUGGAGCUCGUCGAGAUAGGUCCUGGAAGAGGGACGCUGAUGGAUGAUAUGCUGCGGACAAUACGGAACUUCAAACCAAUGGCAUCAAGUAUUGAAGCCGUAUACUUGGUAGAAGCAAGCCCAGCACUUAGAGAAGCCCAAAAACAGCUACUUUGCGGCGAUGCCCCCAUUACAGAAACCUCCAUUGGCCAUCAGAGUAUAAGCAAGUAUGCCAAUAUCCCUAUCAUAUGGACAGAAAAUAUACGUUUCGUCCCCUCAGGUAAAUUCCUCUACGGUACCUCUCGCCAUCAUCUAACUCGAGACUUAGACCAAGACAAAACUCCUUUCAUCGUCGCUCACGAGUUCUUCGACGCCCUCCCGAUACACGCCUUCCAAUCCAUCCCGCCACCUCCUCUUAAUUCGGAAUCCACCAUUCAGACACCAACGGGAUCACACCCUCUCUCUCCCUCAGCAGCCAAAAAGGAAGCCCAAAAAGGACCUCAAUGGCGCGAAAUGGUCGUCUCGCCCGCCCCGCCGCCCCCCACUGUAGGAACUUCCUCCUCUGAUUCAGCCCCUGAAUUCCAACUUACCCUUUCCUCCGCCCCAACACCGCACAGUCUCUAUCUCCCAGCCAUAUCUCCCCGCUACCGUGCGAUACUAUCGCAAGCCCCAGGCUCCGUCAUUGAAAUAUCGCCCGAAUCUCUCGCCUACGCUUCCACGAUCGCCACCCUCAUCGGGGGCUCUUCCUCCUCCACCACUCCCAGCUCAACAUUUACCUCAGCAAAACGCACACCCUCUGGCGCGGCCUUAAUCCUUGACUACGGGCCCAGCUCUACCAUCCCCAUCAACUCCCUCCGCGGCAUCCACAAGCACAAACAUGUAAGCCCCUUCAGCAUGCCAGGACUCGUAGAUCUCAGCGUAGACGUGGAUUUCACAGCCCUAGCUGAAGCAGCUGUUAAUGCUAGUGAGGGUGUGGAGGUUCACGGGCCAGUAGAGCAGGGUGCUUUUCUUCAAGCAAUGGGCAUCAAGGAACGGGCUGAGAUGUUGCUCGGGAAGAUAAAGGGGGAUACGGAUGCGGAUGAGAAUAGGAAGAGGAUAGAUACCGCAUGGAAGAGAUUAAUUGAUCGCGGUGGGAGUGGAAUGGGGAAGGUGUAUAAAGCUAUGGCUAUUGUUCCCGAGAGUGGAGGGACGAGGAAACCUGUUGGAUUUGGUGGGGAUGUGGAUUCUAGUGCUUGA